GAUGAGUGUGGGCUUGUCGUUUCGAUUUCGUUCGGAUUUGAUACUGUUGCUGUCAUCAUAUACGGUCGUCGGAUACGGUCUUCUCUAAAACAGAAUUUAUGUUCAGAUAAUCAGUGCAAAGGCGAGCGAAAUACUUAGAGCUGGAGAGAAGCGAAAAUAAACCGCCGACAAAAGAAAUGUGAAUCUCAACCGAGAGACUACAGCAAGUGCAAUCGAAGAAGCAAUCAUCUGUGAUAACCUAGAUAAAGCGAAAAAGAGUGAGAUCAAAGAAGUGCAAACGAGUGAUUGUAAAUUAAGGAGAGUGAAGCAAUGAAGUAAGAUUUCAAUCCGCACCGGUUCGAUCUCCCAUCAUCAUCAUCGGAAUCAGCAUCGGAAGAAAGAGGAAGUUCGAGCUGAAAAGUACCGGAAUCGUGCCGAUGCGAUUUCGAAUGUAUGUGUGAUCCCUGUACGUAUGCAGCACCUGGGGGUACUUUUGCCCCUUGAAGGCAUCCAAAUUUGGAGGAUCCCGGUAACGAGUGCUUCCACUAUCAGCAACAAUUGCCGACCGUGCCAUCCGUUCCCGGGCUUCGGGAAUCGAUCCAGCUAUGAUAUCAGUGAAACGUUGCCCAACUACCAAUCUCAGUAGUGCCGGUCAUAAUCAUCAUCACAGUCAUCAUCAUCAUCACAGCCAUCACAGUCAACACAGUCAUCUGAGUCCUCAGACGAACCCUCAUCCGGUUCAGCAGAUUCGAAGCAGCAGUGCCGGAAGAGCUCCCUCGAGUGGACCCUCUAGCAUCGGAAGCACCAAUAACAAUCGCCUGAUCCGAAGCCGGAACAGUCCCUACAUUAGCCUUGGACCGUUCGGUCCAACAAUCGGAUCCGGCCCCGGUCCCAUUUCCGCCGGAAGUUACUCGAUCCUUGCCAACGGGGGCAGCCUCUACUUCGGCGGAAGCAAUACUAGUGUAGUAUCAAAUUCAUCCUCUUCCGGACCGAAAUCCCAGCCGGUGGGAAAAGGCUCCGGUGAAUCGCCUUCUUCCGGCGCAGGAUACGAGUUCGAUAGUCUUUUCUUGGUGCCAAAAUGUGCCCUCACCUACGAUAAGGCGAUGAGCCUGAGGAAGGAUCUUGCAGCGUAUGAUUUCAACAUUCGCAUCCUGGAGGAUACCCCGAAGGGCAACGUGUGGAUAUCAUACAAGAGCGGCAACACCCUUAAGGAUCGGUUGGUCUCCUUGAAGGAUAAGAUCCCGCAAGAUGAGAGAUCCGGAAUUUAUGAAAUUCCUUGUGAGAGUUGCUCAGCUGUUUACAUUGGCCAAACUCGUCGUAAAUUUAAAGUUCGACUUAAAGAACACAGAAACGCUGUAGACAACAACAGGGCCAAUGAAUCUAGCGUAGCUACCCACGCAACGGAAAUGGGUCACUCCAUUAACUGGGAAAAAGUGACCUAUAAGAAAUGUGUAAGAAAAGCCUCACAUUUGAACGCAUGGGAGUCUAUGUUCAUUAGCACUUCAGAGAAACCGCUAAUGAAUGAAGAUGACCCACCGAUUAUGUCGCCGCUUUUCACCUUCACCAAAAGAAAAAUUUAA